GCCACACUUAACAGUAAUCAAAAUAAAAGUCACUAAAUAUUGUUUGUGGUCUGUUUCAAUUUUUUAUUUAUUCAUUAAGGUCAAAGAUUAUUAUUAUAAUCUAAAUCAGUGAUAACGCAAUAAUCACCAUAAGUAAUAACUCCUCAAUUUUUUAAUAGUGUUGUGUGACCCCCAUUGGUGACAAAAUGUUCUCCAAGUUAAAAUUCAUUCCCAACAGAAGUUUAAUAAAACUGUUCCAUACGGACACUAGCAAUGUAAUCAAAACGAAAAUAGACUACAAUUCGCAACAAUUUAUCAAUAACGAAACUCAAAUGAAACAACUAGUAACUACUUUGCAAAAGCGCACCGAAGACAUAAUAAAAGGAGGUGGCGAAAAAGCCGUCAAGAAGCACACAUCAAAGGGAAAAUUGCUAGCAAGGGACCGAAUCAACAAACUUCUAGAUAAAAGCUCAGCUUUCCUUGAAUUUUCGUCACUAGCGGCGUACGAUAUGUACGGGGGUAAUAUUAACGCAGCUGGGAUUGUCACAGGAAUUGGGAAAAUUCACGGCCGGGAAUGCGUGAUUGUUGCCAAUGAUGCCACCAUCAAAGGGGGCACCUACUACCCCAUGACGGUCAAAAAACACCUCAGGGCGCAAGAAAUCGCCCAAGAAAACAAACUCCCUUGCAUUUAUCUUGUGGACAGUGGUGGUGCCAACCUGCCGCACCAAUCGGACGCAUUUCCCGACAAAAACCACUUUGGCCGAAUUUUUUUCAAUCAAGCGAAUAUGUCAGCUGCUGGAAUCGCCCAAAUAGCCGUUGUUUUGGGGUCUUGUACCGCUGGAGGGGCCUAUGUGCCUGCAAUGGCCGACGAAUCUGUGAUAGUGAAGCAGCAAGGAACGAUUUUCCUGGCGGGGCCCCCACUUGUUAAAGCCGCCACUGGAGAGGAAGUCUCAGACGAGGAUUUAGGAGGAGCUGAACUGCACUGUUCCACGUCCGGAGUGACCGAUCAUUUUGCCUUAAAUGACGAUCACGCCCUACAUUUGGCUCGGGAAAUCGUCAAAAAUUUAGAAAAACCCAAAGCAGAGACGUUCGACCAAGAGUUUGAACCUCCCUUGUACUCUAGUGAUGAUUUGUACGGGAUUAUUGACCAAGACUUGCAAAAGUCGUUCGAUGUUAGGGAGAUUAUAGCCCGGAUUUUUGACGGGUCAAGGUUCGACGAGUUCAAGAAAAAAUACGGGGAAACUCUAGUUUGUGGUUUUUCAAAAUUGUAUGGAAAAACAGUCGGGGUCAUUGGCAAUAACGGGGUUCUCUUUUCUGAGAGCGCGAUGAAAGGGGCCCAUUUUGUGCAACUUUGCACUCAGAGGAAUACUCCUAUUGUAUUUUUGCAAAAUAUUACUGGUUUUAUGGUGGGAAGACAGGCGGAAAUGGGGGGCAUAGCCAAACACGGGGCCAAGUUGGUUACGGCAGUGGCGUGCUCUAAGGUGCCCAAAUUCACUUUGAUUGUCGGGGGCUCCUACGGGGCUGGGAAUUAUGGCAUGUGUGGGCGCUCCUAUUCGCCCCGCUUUUUGUACAUGUGGCCAAACGCGCGCAUCUCGGUAAUGGGGGGCCGUCAAGCGGCUGGAGUUCUAUCUCAAGUGCAAAGUAAAGGCAAAAACUGGACGCAAAAGGAGAAGGACGAUUUUGAGGCCCCCAUUAUCGAGCAGUUCGAACGGGAAGGAUCGCCGUAUUUUAGCAGCGCUAGGCUAUGGGACGACGGAGUAAUUGACCCCAAAGACACAAGGAAGGUGCUAGGUUUAAGCCUGGCAGCGGCGCUAAACGCCCAACCAGAAAAAACCGAAUUUGGAAUUUUCCGCAUGUAGACAUUUAAUUAAAUCACAUUUUAACAGUG